GAGACGGCUGGGUUCAUUGAGAGACUCGGUGCUCGGUGCUCGGUGCUCCACCUUCAACUAACGCAGCAUGACGGCGUGAAGCGACCGGAGACAGAGCCCGUUACCCCCCUCAGAGGAACCGAUCCGGUACUGAUCCGCUACAGGUCCGGUUACUGGUCCGGUUUUUGAUCCGGUUCCUGAUCCAUCGGUUCAUUGAUCACUGACAUCUGGAUCAGUUUGAGGAGACGCCGACAGAAGACCCGCCCAGCAGAGAUGGCGAAGGCCGACCAGCGCUUCGGUCAGAGAGACGGCUCCGACCAGAACUUCGACUACAUGUUCAAGCUGCUGAUCAUCGGUAACAGCAGCGUGGGGAAGACGUCCUUCCUCUUCCGCUACGCCGACGACUCCUUCAGCAACUCCUUCGUCAGCACCGUCGGCAUCGACUUCAAAGUGAAGACGGUUUAUCGCAACGACAAGAGGAUCAAGCUCCAGAUCUGGGACACGGCGGGUCAGGAGCGUUACCGGACCAUCACCACGGCCUACUACCGCGGAGCCAUGGGCUUCAUCCUCAUGUACGACAUCACCAACGAGGAGUCCUUCAACGCCGUCCAGGACUGGGCAACGCAGAUCAAGACGUAUUCAUGGGACAACGCCCAGGUCAUCAUGGUCGGAAACAAGUGUGACAUGGACGAGGAGAGAGUGGUGCCCCCCGAGAAAGGAAAGCACCUGGCCGACCAGCUGGGCUUCGAGUACUACGAGGCCAGCGCUAAGGAGAACAUCAACGUACGGCAGGUCUUCGAGCGCCUGGUGGACAUCAUCUGUGUGAAGAUGUCGGAGCGCGUGGACGUGGAGGUACCGGCGCCUCCCGGCUCCAAGGCCACCAGACUGACGGACAAGCCGGCCCAGCUCCCUCAGAAGUGCUGCUGAUUGACCACAUGUCCACAAGAAGGAAACCUUCCUCCCACUCUGCGUCAGUCUGUGAGCUCACAUUCACCUCAUCCACCCCCCCCCCCCCCCCCCAGCCUCAGGGUCAGAGGUCAGAGGUCAGAGGUCUGAGGGUUUUACUGGAGUCCAGAGUCUAAUGGUCCCAGAGUCUGACUUCACCUUGGUCCUGUUUCAUUCUGUCAAACUGUGUGAACACGUUGGAGCUAAAACCAGACUAGAACCAUCAGAUCCAGGAGGAACAAGUUAGAAAACCACAAACAUGUUGAACCAACCAUUUCUAGAACUUAGAAUGUAAAU